AUGAAUUACUCGUGCUGUCUAUAUAGUCAUAACUUGCACCGUACUACAAACACUUUAAAGAAAAGAAAGCAUGUUCGUAAGGAUAGUAAAUUUAGUGACAUACCACAGCUGAACAUCUGCAAGUGCAUCACAGGUGAAAACUCCUGGCUUUCCCUUCUGCUGCAGCUCCAGGACACAUACUCCAAGAGCAACAUUGCUUGUCUCACCGGGGAGGAAAUAGGAGAUUUCAUCCAAAACUUGGAUCUGAUUGAAAGUCAAGACAGAGUGGCUGAUCCCUGCUGGCAAGUAAAGUGGCACCUGGGAAAAUUAAUUAAAAAGAUGAUGCCAAGAAGCUAUGAGGAAAACAUAUCUUCAGUCAAUGCUGAAAGAACCCUGACACUGUCACACACUGACAGGCAGCAGCCACUCCGCCCCAUCAACAGGAUCGCAGCGCAUCUGACAGGCAACAGCAAUAGGAAGAGUUCCCUGUCCCCACGCAGUAAGAAAAAACCUUUAAAAACAGUUAAAGAUUCCUUGGCCAGAAAAGGGAGUGGACAAAAAAUAAGCAACUGGGAAUCGUCAAGGAAAGGCCACUCUUUUCUUUACAACGUGGAGCUGAGAAAUGGCGAGUUAGUGAUACCCCAGACGGGCUUUUAUUACAUCUACUCACAAAUUUAUUUUCGUUUCCGUGAAAACGAGAAUGAGGAUUCAGAUUUUUUGGCACAAAUCAGGAGUCCCAAACAGCUUGUGCAAUAUGUUUACAAACUGACUAAUUACCCAGAGCCCAUUAUGCUCAUGAAAAGUGCAAGAACAAGCUGCUGGUCUAAAAAGGCGGAAUAUGGACUUUAUUCCAUCUACCAAGGUGGAGUGUUUCAGCUGAAAAAAGAAGACAGGAUUUUUGUCUCUGUCAGUAAUGGUGAUAUAGUUGACAUGGACAAAGAAGCAAGUUUUUUUGGAGCCUUUCUGAUUGGUUAA